AAUAAGGUGCACUAAUUGACAUAAAUUAGCGUCUUGCUAACAGUGUGUCGUCUGCCCAACAAUGGCGCUAGCAUAAAAUUCCCGUUAAAACAAAUCAAUGUACUGUAAUUUUGUUGUUCCAGUGCAAGAUGAUGCAGUUUGUUCUCCUGCUUCAGGUCUCCCUGGUGGGCCUCGGUUUCUCAGUGGCCAGUCCAGGUCGGGAUUUUCUCAUGAGGUUUCCACCUCAUAAUGAUCCCAAAGCAAAUGCUCGCCAUCAAGUAACCAUCACAGCCACUAGCAUUUGGACUUCAGUCACAGUGAAGGUUCUGCAAAGUGACUUCACACGACACAUCUCUCUUGCUGCCAGCCAAUCAGAAACUGUUAACCUGCCUUUAUCUGUGGGCACAGCCAGUGCUCAUUCCUCCUUGCUCCUCAGUGUGACAUCUGUACAGCCUGUUACAGUUCUUGCCUCAUUCUGCACCCAGACCGGAUGUGAGCAUAGCCUCCUCCAUGAUGUGUCAUCCUGGGGUGCCAACUAUUAUCCAGUUACUCCAAACUUCCCCAGUCAGAUGGCUGUCAGUGAAAUGGUGGUCACCAGCUCGGAUCAAGAGACAUCAGUGGACAUUUUCCUCUCAGGGGAAGUGGUCUUUAAUGGAGAUUCAUACCGCAAUGGAAGUGUCCUUAAUUUGCAUUUAGGGGCGUUUGAGAGCCUCUACCUCCAAAGUAAUUUCAGCCUUUGUGGCUCGGAGCUUUACUCACAAGAACCUGUUGGGGUCAUAGUUGGUUUUACCUGCUUUGACCAUACAGUAGGAGAAUGCCUGUAUGGAUUUGCUGAACUUAAACCAGUCUCCAGUUGGAGUUUUGAAUAUUUUGUUCCCCGUGUUGUAAAUGCUGGAAUCAGCCCCAGCCUCCUGUUGGCUAUGACUAAAAUUAACGCUGAUCUGGAUGUCAUCACUAGAAGUGGGAAGAAAAACUUGUCUUUACGUGGCGGUGUUAUGAAGACCAUCCCAGUUGUCGCAUCAGAUAAUGUUUACAUAUUGAGUGAUGUCCCACUUCAGCUUAUUUACUUCAGACAUGACAUUGAGCAGCGUGCUUCAACUCUCACAGCACUGCUCUCUGUGGAAGAUAUCUGCCACAGUGGACCCAUGUUUGAUGCAGAGGAUAUUAGUUCACAUCCAGAUGACACGUCUAAUAUAAAGCAUAUUAAGGCUGUCGUUGAACUUUCCCAUGAGCACGCCUUUACUCCAACAAUGGCAAACAAUGAGUCCAGUUCUACUUAUGUAGAUGUGGGACACUAUCUGAACACUAUGAACAAAGAGUUGUAUCCAUCAGUAUGUGAAAAAAAUAAAUCGUGUGAUUUGCACUGUGGCCGCAAACAAAAGUGCUUCAUAAAAAAUGGAAAUCCAUCCUGUUCUUCCAAAACUAAGAUAUGCUCUGCGUGGGGUGAUUCAUAUUAUCGCACCUUUGAUGGAACAUUUUUUGUCCUCCUUGGAAACUGUAACUACACCUUAGUUCAAACCACCUGUGCAGGGUUAAAUACGUCUUCUCCACUGCAGGUUAAUAUAGCCAGAGCAUAUUUAAAUGGUGCCAUUGUCUCCAGCAUCCACAGCGUGGAAAUAAAAAUCAAAGGAUUUAAUAUAUCCAUGUUUAAAGGAGAGCGAAAUCAAAUUAGGGUUAAUGGACAUAGAAGGUACCUGCCUCUCACUUUCGGUGAUGGUUACCUGAAAAUAUAUCCAAGUGGUCUCGGUGUUGUUCUGGACACUUCAUUUGGCAUGACUCUGCAGUAUGACUGGCUUCAUAAUUUCCAGGUUGAAGUAAGCCCAGAACUGCAUGGAGUUCUGUGUGGGCUUUGUGGAAGUGCCAGUGACAGCCUUGCAGAUGGCAUCAUUGCCUCUAAUGGGCCUACAGAUCCCAGAGCUGUGGAUCUUACCCUCCCCUGGGUUUUGGACAGCAACGCAGGCUCAUGUAUGGAAGACUGUGGACGCGGCCCAUGUCCAGUGUGUAGCCAAAGUACAAUUCGGUCUUACCCAGGCAUUAAAGAUGGCUCCCCUGAGAACAAAUGCACUUUACUGAAGAGGACUGAUGGACCCUUUAGUGACUGUCACUUAUAUAUUGAUCCUCAGCCUUUUGUUCUUAGUUGUGUGAACAACCAGUGUCUCGGCGAAGGAACUGCUUCGAUGUGUAAGGUCUUAAUGGCCUAUGCCAAAAUCUGCCAAAGGGCCGGUGGCAGGAUUCAAAACUGGAGAUCAAUUGCCAAGUGCCAUCUGGCUUGUCCUGAAAAUAGCCAUUAUGAGGCGUGUGGUUCUGCCUGCCAGCCAACAUGCGCUAAUCCAGAGGCCCAACGUAUCUGCUCCCUACCAUGUGUGGAAUCAUGCCAGUGCAACAGGGGAUAUCUGCUAAGUGAUGGCAAGUGUGUCUCGCCUAGUAAGUGUGGUUGUGUCCACAAUGGCUCUUACCAUCUCCCUAUGAAGACCUUCUGGUUGGACAAACAGUGUCAUGAGAAAUGUGUUUGCCAGCCUCACUCCAAGACUGUUAUGUGCACUCAGUCUCACUGCCAGACCGGCAAAGUCUGCAAGGUGAUAAAUGGACUCUCUGGCUGCCACGCAGAUGGACCUGGUCUGUGUAUAGCAAAAGGAGAUUCUCACUAUACCACCUUUGAUGGCCGCAAGUUUGACGUUCACGGAAACUGCAGUUAUUUACUCACAUCUCACUGUCCCACCUGGGGAGACCUGCAAGACUUCAGGGUUGAGGUUCAGAACCAUAUUAGUCAGACUGCCAAUUUUUCCUUUCGACGUGUGAAAUUGUCAGUUGCUGGUUAUUCCAUUGAGGUGUCAAAUGAAUGGAGUAACAAGAUCAUGGUGAAUGGUCUGCUCCUGAAUCUACCAUCUGUUUUGAGCCGAGGCAAAGUAAUGCUGUAUCUGAAAGGCCAAUCCAAGCGUAUAGAGACAGACUUUGGUGUUGUUGUAACGUACAGCUCAGACACCCUAACUGUGACAAUGCCCAGGGUUUUCUCUGGUAAUUUAUGUGGACUGUGUGGGAACUUCAAUGAAAAUUCUGAGGAUGACUUGGUACCAGAUGAUACAUUUGAUAUAGUUCAAGCUGUGAGGCAAUGGCGAACAAGCCAUGAACAUGAAUGUUUGGAUGCCCCCAUUAACACCUCAGGCUGCAGUCAACAAGAGCAGGCUCUUUAUCAGGGCAAGGAUUUCUGUGGCAGGUUAUUGGAUCCUGAGGGGGCAUUCCAGAGCUGCCACAACAUGGUGGAUCCCCAAGACUUCUAUGAUAACUGUGUUUAUGACCUUUGCAAUGGGAAUCAGAUGGCCUUGUGCCAGAUCCUGUCCAGCUAUGUUGCAGUAUGUCAAGAAGUGGGAACUUUAGUUGAUAAAUGGCGGGGGUCCAACUUCUGUUCAAUCACCUGCCCACCUAACAGUGAAUACCACCUCUGUUCCAGUCACAAGUCUGCUUGUGUACAAAUCCCAAGUCCUCUUUCAGAGGGCUGCAAGGAGGGUUGUUUUUGCAAGCCUGGGUUUUUCCACAGUGGUGGGGAAUGUGUAGCAAACUCUGAAUGUGGCUGCAGUCAUAAUGGGGUUUACCACAAAAUUCAUGAAAACUUCCACCCUGAUGAAAACUGCCUUCAGUCCUGCCUGUGUGUGGGCCGCAAUGAAGUGCAAUGUACAAACCAUACGUGCACAGCUGGAACCAAAUGUGCCAUCAAACAUGGCCUGCGGGCAUGCCAUGCCUCACAAUUGAAAUGUACAGUCAUGGGUGAAAGGCACGUCCAGACUUUUCAUGGACAUCUCUUUGAUGUGAACAUAGGAAGUUGGUCAUAUCUCCUUUUCCAGCUUUGUGAUGAUCCUGGACUUUCUGCUGUUAUCCAGCAAGGCCAACUAGACCUCAGAGUUUAUGGCAUGAUCCUAAUAUUGACCAGGAAGCAUUUGGAGAAAGUAAAGAUUAAUGGUGUUCUAAUGACCCUUCCUGUUCAUAUAAAUGGCGUAGCAGUACUGCUCUCUGGCUCACUGACCCGUGUCGUUUGCCCUGACAUUGGGGUUGUGGUCAUCUAUGGAGGACCUAAUCUGAUACAAAUAACUAUUCUAGCGACUCAUAAAAGACUUUGUGGCUUGUGUGGAAAUGCUGCUACAGAUGACCAAGGAAGUCUGAUGUCGGAUCAGUCCAAAACGCCAUCUUCCUGGUGCCUUUCACCUGCAACACAUUGCACUGUUGAAUGUCAUAACUGUUCUCAAUGCAACUCUACCAAGGAAUUUGCCUCAGAUAGCCUCUGUGGCAUGCUUCUGGCUCCUGAAGGGUCGUUUGGUGGAUGCCAUUCUACUGUGGACCCGAUGCCAUUUUUCCAGAACUGUGUGAAUGACCUGUGCAGGUCUAAUAACGAUGAAUUGCUAUGUGAUAGCUUGAGACUUUACACGUUUGCCUGCCAGGAUGCAGGAGCUGAGAUCAAACCUUGGAGGGGAGAUAAAUGUGCACUUUCAUGCCCUAAGCACUCCUACUACAAUAUAUGUGUUGGUGCAUGUUCUGAGUCCUGUGCUGUUUUAUCUGAUGUACCCUGUCCAUGGCCCUGCUAUGAAGGAUGUCAAUGUGACUCAGGAUACAAGCAGAGUGGAAGUAACUGUGUCAGACCCGAGCAAUGUGGCUGUUUUUUUGGUGGGCAGUACCAUAAGGUUGGAGAACUGCUGUGGAAUGAAGGCUGCUCGAAGCGGUGUAACUGCUGUUACACUGCCACUCUGUGUUGCGAACCAGCCUCUUGCCCCAAGGGGCAGAGCUGCGUCCUUAAUGAAACCUGGCACUGUGCAGAGAAAAAUUUGUCCUGCCCAAUGAAUAGCCAUUAUGAGUCCUGUGGGACAGCCUGCCCUGCAACCUGUAAAGCCAAUUUCAAUUCAUCCUGCACUCUGGCUUGUGUGGAGGGAUGUCAGUGUGACCCUGGAUUUGUUCUGGACGGCGAUACCUGUGUCCACCCAUCUCAGUGUGGCUGUACUUACAAUGGACAUAGUUACCACCACAAUGAGACCUUUUGGGGUGAUGAUUCAUGCACUCGACAGUGUGUGUGUGACCCCUACACCCACCAAGUGGAUUGCCAUGUGGCUUAUUGUGACCCUGAAGAAUACUGUGAUGUUCAGGAUGGAGUCGGACGUUGUGUGAAGCAUGACUUUCAGAUGUGCAUCUACACUGGUCAUCGCAUACUUACCUUUGACCAACGUGGCUAUAAUUUCUUUGGCACCUGCCAGUAUCAGUUAUUAGGAAUCUGUGAACAAAGGCAAGGUCUUGAUGUCUUCCAAGUGAACGUGCAGUCAGAUGGGCAUCUUCAGUCAACACAAAAUGUCUUAGUUGCCAUAAAUGGUCAGCUUCUGACGAUAGACAGUAAAAAUCCAGACAACAUAAAGGUUAAUGGCACAAAGAGGAACCUGCCAUUUUACCCCACCAACACUGCAUUGGUAUUUUCAUUAGGGCUGCACACUUACAUCUUCUCAGCAUCUGGCUUUGCCUUGAGUAUCAGCAAAGAAGGGACUGUCGUCAUUGAGCUCUCUAGUAAAUAUGCUAAUGCUACUUGUGGUAUGUGCGGUAACUUCAACUCUGACCCUGCUGAUGAUCUCACAGUAAAUGGCACACAAGAGCAUCUCACUCCUGAGCAAUUUGGGAAAGCUUGGAGAAGUGGACAGAACCACUGGUGUGUAGAAGGCUGUCUCGGUGGAAGCUGUCCAAAUUGUUCAUCUGAGGCUUUGGGCCGCUUCUCUGACGCUAAGGCUUGUGGGAAGAUUCUGGAAGUUAAUGGACCAUUCAGAGACUGUCAUAGCAAAGUGGACCCCUCCAGCUUUUACAAGAACUGCGUCAGUGACCUGUGUCUUUAUGGAGAUGUGCAGCCUGCAGUGUGUCACUCCCUGGCAGACUAUGCUGAUGUCUGCCUUUAUCACAAGGCUCUAGUUUAUGCCUGGAGGAGCCCUGAAUUUUGCUAUGAAUCCUGUCCCUCCAGCACCAUCUACAGCAUGAGUACCGCCCCAAUUCACAUUUGCAUUGGUUGGUACAACUACACAUUGGAGCUAUUUUCAAAUAUAGGGGAGAACUGCCUCUGUGAGGCAGGUUUAGUCCACAGUGGAAGUGGCUGUGUGCAUCCAAACAACUGUGGCUGCUUGCACUAUGGAGAAUACUUCACACCGGGGGAGGUGGUGUCUACAUGUGACCAAAGGUGUUUAUGUCAUCCCGGGGGAAAUUUGACUUGUGUUGAUGUGUCAUGUAGCGAGGAGGAAGAGUGUAAGCUUGUUGAAGGCGUUCAAGGUUGCCACCCCAAAGCUAAAAUGGCCUACUGCUCCAUUAAUGGAUCACAGUAUACCACGUUUGAUGGACGUGGAUUUGAAUUUCAUGGUUCAUGUAACUAUACUCUAGUAAAAACGUGCUCUCUGAAGGGCCUUGAUGUGGAGCCACUUUUCAUAACUGUGCGUGGUAACGGUGCAGGCAAACGCCUCCAUCUGCAAGUCAGUAACAUUACUUUUAAGAUAUCAACUGCUUAUCCCGGCAAAAUCCAAGUUAAUGGACUUGAUGACAACUUCACAUUCUCACAGAACAAUGUGACAGUGCUUCAGAAAAAUAAAUGGACAACAAUAAAGAUUGCACACUCUGUAGAGAUUAUUUCUGGCCUGCCUAACCACAUAGAGGUCAAGCUCCUGAAUAAUUAUCACCAGACGACAUGUGGUCUCUGUGGGAACUACAAUGAUGAUCCCUCAGAUGACAUGCAGUUACCCAAUGGCACCGCUGUCUCUAAUCCCAAUGUAUUUGGAACUGGAUGGAAAUUGUCUGACUCUGAAUCAUCAUGCAGAGACACAUGUGACAGUACUUGCCAACAGUGUCUAUCCCCUGUGCCAGAGUAUUCAUCGGACCUGUACUGUGGAGUUGUCAAUCAAUCAAGCGGACCCUUUUCCCUUUGUCACCCUCUAAUAUCUCCACAGAAAUACUAUUCGCUUUGCAUGAAUAACCUUUGUGUUGCACAAGGCCAAAAACGGGCUUUGUGUGAUGCACUAGAGGUAUAUGAGGCAGCAUGCAAAGUGGCUGGAGUCAGUGUUGACCCCUGGAGGAACAGCACAGGCUGUGCUUCAAAAUGUCCCCAAUUCAGCCAUUUCAGACGGUGUGCAAAUGUUUGCUCCUCCUUGUGUCCUGGGAUAAGUCAUGCUGUGCAGUGUCCCACACAGUGUGAGGAAGGAUGUGAGUGUGAAGCUCAGCACCUUUUUGAUGGCCAUGCAUGUGUGCCAGCUGAGCAGUGUGGCUGCAUGCACGAUGGGAGGAGAAUUAAGGUUUCUGAAAGCAAACUUCUACAAAACUGCACUGUUAACUGCACCUGUGGGCCUCCCCUUGUUUGUGAGGAGCACAAGUGUCCCCCACUUUACAGUUGUAUAGUUUUACAUGGAAUGGCUGGCUGCCACAAAGACGAGCAAGACCUCGAUCCCUGUGAGGGGAAAUGUGACAGGUCUGAGAGUUGCUACCUGAGCAAAGGUGAAGUUGUUUGUGAGAGCCGCCCGGGUCGGUGCUGGACAUGGGGAAGUCAGCACUACCGCACCUUUGAUGGCUUCAACUACGAUGUGGAUGGUACCUGCACAUAUCUGCUUUUGGGCAGCAAAGGUGACUCCUCUGGAGCUCCACCUUUCAGCGUGUCCAAGAAGACCACUUGCCAAGAAGCGUCCCCCAUGCAGUUGGUGACUAUACAAGUGUAUGGGUUCAUCAUAAAGCUUGCCGACGAGGACAGUGUACAUGUUAAUGGUGAAGUAAAUUAUAUUCCAAUUACUCUUCUUCGGGGAAAGAUUGACAUUUCAAACAAGGAUGGAAAAGCUCUACUAAAGACUGACUUUGGGUUGCAUGUAUUGUUUGACUGGAACACCACUAUUUUCAUCACACUAAACCCACAGUACAAAGGUAUUGUCUACGGGCUUUGUGGUAAUUUUAACGAUGAUCCACAAGAUGACUAUACAGCAAAUGUACCUGGUUCCCCUCCUGUCAACUCCACGCUUGUGGAGUUGGCCCAGGUCUAUCGCCUUUUUGAUGGCAAUCAUAAGUGUUGUACCGGUUGUAAACAGAAACUGGAUAUUGCUACAUUUCUGGAGGAUAUGGCCGAUGUAGAGGUUUCCAGUGAAAGUCACUGUGCUGAUCUCCUAUAUCCAACUGGUCAAUAUGCAUGGUGUCACAGUCUUGUCAACCCAGACCCUUUUCAUGGAAGUUGUGUAGGACUUGUGCCUAAAGUGGGAGCUAAAGCUGCUGUUGACCAGACUACGUCGUCUUAUUCCUUGGUUUGUAAAGAGCUUAAUGAGGACUUCCUCGUUGGAGUGCCAGUUUCUGUUCGCUGUCCACCAAACAGCCACUAUAAGACCUGUGGAUCAGCCUGUCCAAUAACCUGUGAACAUGGAGAGAGAUUCUGUAUUCAGGCUUGUGUUAAAGGCUGCUUCUGUAACCCGGGUUUCAUCGCAAGUCCAGAGGGUUGUGUGCCACCUAAGCAGUGUGGCUGCACAGACUCCAGAGGCAAAUACCACAGUCUAAACUCUGCUUUCUGGGUCCCAGAUGAUUGUGGACAACUCUGCACCUGUAGACCAGGAGGGAUGCACUGCAGCCCAUCCCAGUGUCCAAAAGGAAUGUCCUGCAACCAACUAACCCACAAGCGGGUGUGUCAACCUGACAAACCGCUGAAUUGUAGCGUUGUCACUGGGUUGCACUUUACAUCCUUUGAUGGACAUCGUUUUGACUUUAGGGACAGUUGUGCAUAUACAUUAGUUCAGACAAAAGCCACCCUAAAUGGACCUGAACCAUUCAGUAUCACCAUCUCUAAUGCAAGUUGCCACAACAAGUUUUCUCAUUGUCUAACUUUAACACUCUCCGUCUACGGUUUGGAAAUAGUAGUUGGUAAAGAAGACCCUGGAAAAGUUCUGGUUGAUGGGCUGCAAAAACUCUUACCAUACUCUCACCAAACAGGACAUUUCAAUGCCUACCGUACACCUUCAUCUGUCAUUGUUCAUCUUGAUAUGGGCUUACAAGUGGUGGUUUAUAAAACUGGCACUGUGGUGGUUGUACUUCCUAGCAAUUAUGCCUCUUAUGUUCAUGGACUUUGUGGGAAUGCCAACUCCAACCCCUAUGAUGACGAAAUUAUGCCUGAUGACGAAGAGGCCCAAAAUAUGCUUGAGUUCGCUCACAGUUGGAGGUUGGGCGGACCGAUGGCUUGUAGGUCAAGCUGCACUUCCAGAGUGAAGAACUGCCCGGUAGAUGCACGGAAAAUUUUUGAAGGCAGUGAUUUUUGUGGUGUACUUGUGAAUGAACUUGGGCCUUUUGCAGAGUGUGCUUUAGUUUUGAAUCCAAAGCCAUACUUCCUCAACUGUGUAGAGGAUGCCUGUUCUUAUGGAGGACAUAACCUGGCUCUCUGCAGUUCCAUUACAUCUUAUGCUGCUGCCUGCCAAGCAGCUCAGUUGCCUGUCAGGCAGUGGAGGAGUGACACUUUCUGUGGUAUGACAUGCCCCAUGAAUAGCCACUAUGAACUGUGUGGCCCUCGAUGCCCUGUUGUGUGUGCUGGACUUUCCUCAUUGACAAGCUGCACUGGUGUUUGUGAGGAGGGCUGCCAGUGUGACCCUGGCUACAUCCUGAGUGAUGGUCAUUGUGUACUGGUGGCAGACUGUGGUUGCUUAAACGAGGGACAAUACCAUCCAGCUGGUUACUUUUACGACGGGAAAAGCUGUCAGAUUUGUCACUGUUAUGAAAGAAAAUUGUCUUGCACCCCUUCUCCAUGCAGGCCCAGAAAUGGCCUCACAUCACUCGCUGACCUUUUUCAUCAGCAACCCAGGCAGUAUGGGGUAUGUGAAGUGUUUGCAGGCGUUGGCUAUGUGACCUUUGAUGGUUUGGUCAUACCUCACUAUGGAAACUGCACCUAUUUAGUGUCUGACCGUUCUCCUAAAGCGCUGUACGGUCACACUGUGUUGCUUAGCUUUGAGAAGACGAUUAGUGACUCAGGUUUUGUUUUAAGAAAACUGGUAUUCAUUUUUAAUUCAGUGAAAAUGACCAUCGAUCCAGAGACUCCAUGGAUAAUACAAGUGAAUGGUGAAGACCAAAGUGUGCCUUACAACAAUGGUUUACUUCAAGCUUAUGAAGACGGUGAUAGGUUGACAAUCACCACUGUUGCUGGAGUGAAACUUGAGCUCUCAUCCUCAAAGUAUCUCAGGCUAAGCAUACCACAGAAUGAUGAUACAGCUUCAGGGUUAUGUGGAAAUUUCAAUGGGGACAAAUCUGAUGACAUGGAACUACGAACUGGUAAUCUUGCCCAAAGUGUAGCAGAGUUUUUACAUAGCUGGUCUGUUGGACAAAGUUGCAAUGAAAUUUCUCAAGAAGACUAUGGUCCGUGCAAAUUGUCUUCGAAUGCCACAUUAGUGUGUGAUGUCCUCUUGACCCCAAGCAUUGAAUUUAGUCACUGCUUGAGCAGGGGAGUUGAAGCCCAUGUUUACAGAGAUGUCUGCCUCAAAGCCAUUUGUGGUGGGUCAGCCUAUAUGGAAGCUGUAUGUUUAGCGCUGGAAGCAUACACUGCAGCCUGCCAGGCCAAGGGAAUAACUGUAGGAUCCUGGAGAGAGAACACCCCCUGCUCUUACAAGUGUCCGGAUCGCAGCAGCCCAAGUCAGUGUGUUGACUCUGCUUCCAACUCGUGUCCUGCCCUGCUGCAGCCUGGGUCCUCAGCAAGUGGCUGUUCUGGAGGCUGCCAGUGCCUGAAUGGAAAUGUGUUCGAUGGAGGCAAAUGUGUACCAGUCAGCCAGUGUGGAUGUAUGGUCCAUGGUAGAUAUGUCAAGGUGGAGGAGCAGCUGUACACUGACAAUUGCACCCAGAGAUGCUGGUGCCACCCACUAGGUGGCGCCCUGUGUGAGAAUGCUGCCUGCAGCCCCGGACAGAUAUGUGCUCUGAGGAAUGGUUCCUGGGGCUGUCAAGUGAAACAGGAAGUCUGUCAACUCAAAGACAGCCUGCAGGUCUCCACUUUCAAUGGGCAGCAGCUGAGCUUGGCACCCAAAACACCUUACAGGUUGAUGGGCCUUUGCGAUGAGGCGGGUCAAAAUUGGUUCAGCUUGAUCUCUUACUAUGGACCCUGUGAUGGCGGCAGCACCAGGCUUGUUACAGUGUUCCAGAUCCUCCUAUUGGGAUUCUCAGUUACGAUCCAAGAUGGCAUAGUGAAGGUGAAUGGACAUGUUGUGCCCCUUCCUCACAGUUUACCUUUAGGGGUGUCCCUGUCCUAUGACAUGACCCAGGACAAGUCAGAGGUGGCAGUGAUCCUGAAGAGAGACUUUGGGUUGGAGGCUGAGUUGGAAAUGGAAAUUGGUGUUACUAUGGUCACACUCAAAGCAUCCCCCUGGUACACCGGAAAAUUAUGUGGCGUCUGUGGAAACCUCAAUGACCCCCACUCGCAUAAGUCACUCAAGACUUGGGUUCUUUCAGACUUUCGAGGCUGCUUCACUCGAGCAAUCGGUCAUCUCCGUAACAAUAUACUAUAAUGUUGAAAUGCAUAUUAAAACAUCUUUUACAA